UACGACCUUUCUACUCUGCGUACGUACGACCUUUCGGCCAAACCCACUGACGACGACCUAGCCAAUAUACAUGGAAACGAACUGUGCCCAGUGAACGCAAGCAUCCUGUCUGACAAACGCAGGCAAUAUGAAAGCAAACGAAUAGCAAGAGUGACGGUAAGGGUCAAUAUCCUGUGAUGGUGUAAUGUUUGUUUCGCUCGCGUGGUGCUUUCGUUGUCAAUUACGCAAUAAAUCACGGGCCAGUCAUUUCAUGUUUUCUUCCAUUGACUCGAGGAUCGUCACCUUCAUGAGAAUCCCCACACGUGAAAGUGAUCAAAAUGAAAAUGAAAUACACGGUCAGGGAAGUGACAGCCAUGGAAUCCAUCGCCAGGAAAAGGCAAGGAAAAUGACAAUCAGGAGAGUGAGCGCUUUGAUGUUCGUAACGACUAAACGUGAAAAUGACUAAUGGGACAGUGACUGCCAUGAAAUAUUGAGUACGGAAAAUGAAAACCGUGAAUAUUGCAAUCAGGAAAAUGGCCGUCAUGAAAAUUGUCGGGGAAAAAAGAUAAUGAAAUUCACAUCCGGGAAAAUGACAGCUAUAUUACAACCAGGAAAGUGACCAUCAUGAGAAACAAAACCAGGAAAGUGACCAUCAUGAGAAACAAAACCAGGAAAUUGACAGCUAUGAAAAGGAAAAGGAAAACCGUGAAUAUUACAAUGAGGAAAGUGACCACCAUGGAAAAAUACAGCGAGGGAAAUGACAACCAUGAAAUCCAUCGCCAGAAAAAAAAAUCACAACCAAGAAAGGUGAUUAGCACGAAGAUCACAACCAAAAAGGUGAAAGACAUGCAUAUUACAACCAGAAAAAUGGCAGAAAUGAACAUAACAAACGUAAAAGUGACUAUCAUGAGUAUAUCAACCAGAAGAAGUAACCCCCAUGAAAA